UAGUAGUAGUAGUAGUAGUGGUAGCAGCAGCAGUAGCAGCAGCAGCAGAAGAAUAAGCAGCGACAGCAACGUAGAGAGCAGAAGAAGAAACAGCAGCGGCACUAGCAGCAGUAGCAGCGCGCGACGUUGUGCUGUUUUGACAACUAUCCGCCGCGUCGGGGCGUCGCGCCGUUUUUCUCGCGGCGGCGGCGGCAACAGCAGAAACAACGACACAGAUCCGUUUGAGUAGCUCGUUGCUCGUGACGGCGCGGCGGCGACGCUGCUGACCCCCCAACCCGUAAGACGACGACGAUAACGGUGGCAACGACGACGCUGGUGGCGGCUGCGUUCUGUUAUUAUUUUGCCGCGGUGCUUUUGACCCUUCGAACCGGGCGAGUUCAUUGCAGUGCUUCCGCGGGGGUGUUAGCCAGUUUUAUUACUCCGGCCUUCUCCGUCCGCAGCAGCAGCGCCGACGGCGCCAGAACACGAUAUGGUAUAUGCAGCGUGUUACUAGUGUACGUGCUCGAUCCCAACGAUAAUCGGACACGUUCUUGAAACGAGCACGCCUAUUCUCGCUGCCGAACGACGACCACUCGUCGCUCGUCGGCAACCUCUCGACGGUAACCCUGCCGCUGGUCUACCACGAGAACGCCAACUCGUACAGCAGUCGAUUCUAAAGGACUCUCUAUACUCUACAUCGGUGUGACGUUGCCACUCGGAAAGGACGCGACCAACCACGUGAUAUACCUGUCGUUGAACCGCGUCAUGCAAAGCAUGCUCGACUCCCCGAUGGCCAUAACCUGAAUUCACCCGAUUUGACCCGAUUAAACCCGAUUCAACGUACUCGUAUAAGAACAAUCAACCGAAUCAACGUAUGACAGAAAACAAACGGUAGCCAUUUACGUUUUUUCCUCUUUCCUCGUGCUCGAACCCGGACCCUUUAUCCGACGGUGCGCGUCCCGUCCCGUCUAUCUUUGUGUUUAACGCUCGACAAACAGCGCGUUAUUAUUUUCUCGAAGAAACCGUGAUUGUUCGUACCGUGCGUCUCAGCGCUACCGGAUCAACCGAAAACUUUCAGUUUUCAAUGUUCCGCCUGCGCCACAGCUCGUAACAGGUGAUUAGCUGGACAAAUGGAUGGAUUAAUCGCGGUACGCGUGAUAUUUCGCGUGAUUGUUGGUUCGGUGCUUUCGUACGCCGGUGAUAACUCGAAAUAAUCGUGGUCUGGUGUUCAGUGUGCGCCUAGUGUCAUCGGUACAGUGUCGGCACGGUGUUAACCGUUACGUGUAAUCGUCGAAGGUGGUGGUGUGGGAGUCCGACAUUUUAACCGCUCGUAUUCACGAAAAGAUACAAGUGCCCACGUGUGAAAUACGGUCGGUACUUCAGGGGCGUGGGAAUCGUACGUCGAGCUUACAUUUGCCAAGGUUCUUCAGCGCUGUUUACGGAGAAGAAUUUUAUCAUGCGCGGUUAAUACUCGCUUUCGUCGUCGCGAUCUGUUUAUUUUUCCAUUAUCGCGGCCACAUUGUUGAUUGCCAAAGCGAAACGUGUCGAGCACGUCCCUUGGCGUGAUUCGAGAGAGAUCUCAACCAAGAAUCGAUGAAAGAGGUUGGAUGAUCUCGUUAAACGGGACGAACGAGCAAUUUCGGAUUUUCGUGAAACUAUACGGACGCUAACAGUAACGGUCGAACGGUGUUCUAGGAACAAUAUUACGCCCGUACUUUGUACUUUUUAUCGAGUGUUUGACAGUACUCGGCCAAGUGUGUGACAAUGAAAUAUACCUGACAGCAGCAUCGAGGAUCAUGGACGUUGAGAGCGAAAUCGAAUGACGUAUCUUUCCCCAAAGAAGAAGUACUCGCAAACCAAGAGAAUUAGCGAACGCUCGUAGCGUUCGAAAUAAGCGAAGAAAAGGUGCGCCGAUUCCGCAGUCGCGUAAGGCUAGAGAAGUUGGUUGAAAGGACGGGAAGAAAGUUCCAAACGAGAGGGAUCGGCCGUGAGAGGGGUAACCGAAAGCGUGUGCACGCAUUUCUGGAUCGCGUAAUAAAAAGAGAGAGAGAGGGAGAGAGAGCGAGAAGUAAAAAGGACUCAGUGUAUCUGUAAAUAAGAGUUAUUUUUCGUAUGAGAGAAAAGGAGAUACAUCCAGGUCGAACCGAGGGAAAACGAGCAAGAAGACGUUUACGAGUUCUCGAACGGAAGAAAGUUCCAGGAACUUUCUCUCUCUCUCUCUCUCUCUUACAAGGGUACACGAAAACGUUGGAACGUUGAUACAAGGAGGAAUAUACAAGGGGGCAAAAUGAAGAAGUAAGUGAUGCAAACGUUGAUGUAUCGAUGAGUUUCACUUCCGCGUUCUUUGUCCAAAAUCGAUUGCGUUUCGUCCGCUGAUUGCUUGGAUUCGAAAAGAUUGAGACAUUUUUGCGAGAGCCAAGGACAGAGAGUGCGAACGAAAGAAAGAAAGGGAGAGAGAGAGAGAGAGGGGACAAACUGGAGUAACAUAGAAAAGGAAGGGGAACGAAGCUGAAGACAAGAGGGUGUAGUGAUUAAAGGAAGAAAGGAGGAAGAAAGAGACCGUGAAAAGGAACACCUGGGAAAGAAGAGUCGAAGAUAAAGAAAGAAGAGGAAAAAAUAAGUGUGUGUGUGUGUGUGCGUGCGCGCGCGCGCGCGCGGCGAAGAAGGGAAAGAAGGAAGGAAGAAAGAGGGUGCGCGCUGUGAAGCGGUAUUGAGAGGGCUGGCGUGCCCCAUGUUGUGAGCGUCUGAAGACUGCCGGGGGCAGAAGUGAAAGGGUGGGAGGGAGGGAAGGGUAAGGGUGCCGCUGGUAUGGAGUAUGGAAGCGGCGGGGGUGGAGGCGGUGGAGGCCGUGGGGGUGUCCAACCACCCUCCGCAGCUGCGAGGGGUAUGGCGGGGACAGAUACUACCGAUGCUGCGUGGCACAAACACGAACAAAUGAUCCUUAUGGAAUCCAGGCAUAAGCAACAAUUAGGCGGGAGGGCGGGAACAGGUGGCGGCGGGGGUGGCGGUGGUGGCGCACCUCUCUAUGGUCGUCUAGUAGCAGAGGAACCCCUGCCCCCCACGGUAUGCGGGGGCACUGGCGUAGGUGGAGGAGCCGGUGGGGUCCCCCAAGAAACUCCUGCGGACAUUCACGCCAUGCAAGCCAGGAUACCCCAUAGGUUUCGUGAUCCAGCCACCGCACCCCUUAGAAAGCUCAGUGUCGACCUCAUCAAAACUUACAAACACAUCAAUGAGGUUUAUUACGCUAAGAAAAAAAGAAGGGCGCAACAAAUGCAAGGAGAAGAUGGUUCCCAUAAAAAGGAAAGAAAAUUGUACAACGAUGGCUGGGAUGACGAUAAUCAUGAUUACAUUAUCAAGAAUGGGGAAAAGUUCCUCGAUCGUUAUGAGAUCGAUUCGUUAAUAGGUAAAGGCAGCUUCGGCCAAGUAGUGAAAGCGUUUGAUCACGAAGAACAAACGCAAGUGGCAAUAAAAAUUAUCAAGAACAAAAAACCUUUUCUAAAUCAAGCGCAAAUCGAAGUGAGGCUAUUAGAAAUGAUGAAUAGGGCGGAUACCGAGAACAAAUAUUAUAUAGUUAAGCUAAAGAGGCAUUUUAUGUGGCGAAAUCACUUAUGUCUGGUAUUCGAACUGUUAUCGUAUAAUCUGUAUGAUCUACUUAGAAAUACGAAUUUUCGAGGAGUGUCGUUGAACUUAACAAGGAAGUUUGCACAGCAACUGUGUACUGCCCUUUUGUUCCUGUCUACACCGGAAUUGAACAUCAUUCACUGUGAUCUGAAACCUGAAAACAUACUUUUAUGCAAUCCUAAACGAAGCGCGAUAAAAAUAGUGGACUUCGGUAGUUCGUGUCAACUUGGACAGAGAAUAUACCAAUAUAUUCAAUCCAGAUUUUAUCGAUCUCCUGAAGUUCUAUUAGGAAUACCUUACGACCUUGCGAUAGACAUGUGGAGUCUAGGAUGUAUUUUAGUUGAAAUGCAUACGGGAGAACCUCUGUUCAGUGGGGCCAAUGAGGUCGAUCAAAUGAAUAAAAUCGUAGAAGUACUAGGAAUGCCGCCGAAACAUAUAUUGGACCAAGCGCAUAAAGCGCGGAAAUACUUUGACAAAGUCCCCACGGAUGGCUCGUACGUGCUGAAAAAGAUCAAGGACAAAAGGUACAAACCUCCCGGCACUAGACGCUUGCACGAUAUCCUAGGCGUCGAAAACGGAGGCCCUGGUGGAAGAAGGAUAGGUGAACCUGGUCAUUCAAUCUCCGAUUACCUCAAAUUCAAAGACUUAAUUCUGCGGAUGCUGGACUUUGAUCCGAAAACAAGAGUGACACCUUAUUACGCGCUUCAGCACAAUUUCUUUAAGCGAACAGCCGACGAGGGGACCAACACGAAUAUCGCUGCUGCCAACAGUGCUAACACGAGCCCGGCAGUAGUGUCGAUGAGCCAGGAUCAUGGACUGGUAACCAUGUCAGGACAGGGAAGCAGCAACAGUGGCAAUCCGAUUCAAGGAUCAAGCCUCCCUGGCUACCAACCGAUGGAGUGCGAUUCUUCGCCCCGCCAUUUGGGUAAUCGGCGCGUUGGAACGACGAGCUAUCCGUCGACAUCUGCCACCGGGGUGUCUGCGAGCGGGCCAAUGUCCAUGCAGUCCGUGGACAGUUCCCUGAUACAAAGCUCUCUCGGAUCGUAUAAUAGCCUAAUUCUUCCUGGAAUACCCCAUCUGCCCGCGAUGAUGACCUCACCGAUGAUACAACAGCAAAACUUCUAUAAUUACGGUUAUCCGACGACAGAUGCGCAUGGAAUAGUCAGACAACCGUCGACGGUGUCAACCGGCAAACAGAGAGACUCGGAAAGGGAAGACAGUCCUAUGGUCGGAGUAUGCGUCCAGCAGAGUCCAGUCGCUAUCCACUGAGAGCGCAAAAAGAGCGAACGAAACUACAACGACGCUCGAUGAGAAUAUGUACUGUAUCCGCGGUACCGUCGAAAUAUAUUAGGUGAUUAUACAUACUGUAUAUACAAUGUUCGCGACGAUACCGCAAACUUUAUCGUACUGUUUACGAAAAGAUAAAAGGAAGGAGAGCAGUGAGAACGGGCAGCAGGAACUUGAAGGUCCUUCCCCGUCGCGUUGCUUUGCAUUUCGUCGUUCUGUCGGCUGCGAAACGAGUCUCUAAGUCUAGAAAUAAAUAUUACACUGAUAACAACACACUGCCGCGCGAAACUGACGUUAGUAAAAGUAUAUGUAAUGGAUCAGAGGCAGAGAUUAAUUAUGUAGAAAGAACGUUUGUAAAAGGGAUGAUGUUGAGAAUAUAAUAUAACGAGUCAGCUUCCAAAGAACAAAAUAUAAAAAAAAAAAAAAGAUGAAACGAAACGAAUUUAAAGAAGUAUUACGAAGGAAUGCAAAGGAAGACACGAGGGAAGCCUCCUCUUUUCCAUUAGUUUUUUCUUUCUCUUCUUAGUUUUUCGUUUGUCUAUCUUAAGAAGCCGACUGGUCUUACAUUGGGCACGGAUACGCCGCGUCCGGCACAGAAGCUUAUGAUACUUUGCUUGUGAGCACGGACGGACAAAUAUGGUCUAGUGAGGAUGAACCCAGCUGGCCUCUCGGGUCCUGCCCGAUUCUGCAAACGCUCGAAAAUGCUUUAGUCGCGUGCGCAACGUCGUUAUAACAAAUUUUGGCAACCCAAACUGUGUGGCCUAGAGAGCGAAAUCGUGAUAAUUACUAUUAUAAAGAUGCAUAAAACGGGAGGAAAAAGCAAGGAUUACCAGUGUAAGCAUGUACUCCAAUAGAGUUUUAUACACAAUGUCACAAAUGUAAACGGUUUAGCAAGUAAUUGCUAGCAAACAGUCGCGUCAAAUGCUAGUUAUUUGUACAAUAUACAUAGGUAAACGAUAAGAGUGCAGCUUUAGGUUUUAGCUUUUAAGUGUGAGAAGUGGACACUGGCAUUGUAAACUCGACUCUUUUAUUUACUUUGACGAAUAGAGAAGAGGACGUUGCAAACGUCGGUUUGUUGCUGAUCAAGGACUUUAAACAAACGAGGUUUGCAUCAUUUAACAACAAUACAUAUUUAUACAGAAAAAAAAAACAGUAAUAAGAAAGUUAAAAAGCAGUAUACACGUAAGAUCGAUCAAGAAUGAUAUAAUCAUACAAAACCUAGAUACUUUAUAAUAAACGAUACGCGCGUACUCAUAUGCAUAUGUUUUCAAUGGCAGUCGUAAUUGAUUUUUGCCGUUUCACUUCGAUAAUUGUAUCUAGCGCUAUUUGUUAUUAUUAUACAAGGUGUCAUACUUAAACCAGGCUACCUAAAUAUCUCUUCCAGUAGUGAUAAUAUAAAAAAUAUUUUACACGCAAUUUGAGUUUCAAACCAUUCAAAUUACAUGUAAAAUAUUUGUUAUAUUAUCACAAUUGAAAGAGAUAUUCAGGUGGUUUAGGUGUGACACCCUGUAUAUUUUGUUAUAUCAUUGGCAUAUUAGUUCGAAACCUUUUCCUGGCAUUUUAACUUUUUCUUUUUCAAAUUCUUUUUUAAAUAUUAAUAUAUAUGUAUAUAUUGCUAUAUAUAUAUAUAUAUAUAUAUAGCUCUUUUAAACAGUUUUCCUCAACAUUCUCUUCGUUUCCGUUCAGUUACGGAGUACAAGUGACUCGAGAAACGUAAAUAUUAUUGCCAGAAUGUUACAUUACGUAAAAAUAAAUUAUGUCAAUAGCGAUAAGAUAAUAUAAAACGAGACACGACGAGCGAUCCAAAUUUUCGAUACUUACUAAAAACAUAUACUGCAACAAAUAAUAAUCUUUUGAGACGUUAUACAUGUUUCUAGUUCUUUUUUUGCGACGCAUGUAUUAAACAGGUUGUUCUUUUUAAAUUAUUUUUCCACGUUUUAUUCACGAAUUUUGAUUAUUUUAUACGAAAGAAAAGAUAAACAGUAUGCACACUACUCGAUACUGUGUAUACGUUACGUAAAUUUUCGGCUUGCUUCGAUUAUGCGAUGGAAUGAUUUUAGCGUCAAUGUCAAAUUUAAUAUUCUAUUUUUAAUGCUACUAUUGAUUUUCUCUUUUUAUUCGUGUCAUUGCAAUUUGUAUCGAAAGAGUACGACAUAGACGUGUAUAUUUUGCGUAUCAAUUUCUCAAAAGGUUUUCACUACUGUACACCGCAAACAAGUCUCAAAUUUCUAUUAAACGUCGUACUUUUCAUAAUCAUUGAUCAUGCCCGAGAAUGGAAUAUUUUAAUUAAACAAAGAAUCGUAUUUCCAAGCAGACUUCUUAAGGUUUUUUUUUGUUUUUUUUUUUUGUUUUGUUUACUAGUUAGCAACGAGGA